AUGCUUGUGUACAGUUCGCGUGAAUUUCAACAAGACAAAAUCCAAAGGUAUACAAGCCAUCUUACCCAUUGGCACUCCAUCACAUCUGUCUACCACGACGAUAUGUCAGCCAUGAAGUACCCACUGUCAACUCUCAUCAGCCUCGCCUCGACCGGACUAGCCUCCAACUCGACCCUCCAACCCUUCACCAUCCCAUCUAUAGAUGCCUAUCAACCGAACGGCUACCCAGGUGGCCAAGUCAACUACUACCACCUCGGCUUCUCCGUGCACUCCAGUAACUCCGGCACCCUCCAAUCAGGCUACUGCUACAAGUUCUGGGGCGAUAACGGCUGGACAGACCCCGUAGCAUACUCCCAUGGAGUACCCACGACCGAGUGGAUUGUCUGCAACUCGUGGGAAAGUGCCAUGGAUGGAAGGAGUAAGUUUCAGUUCAAGAUGUUCCCGUACUUCUCGAUUGGGAGUUUCAGUGUGGAGGUCAAAGAGGAUAUAGGGGAUGGGAAGAGUCUGUAUGGUUGGGCCCAUAUCACGAAUAGGACUGGUGUGUUGGCUUGUGAGAUUGACCCGAAGGAAACGCAUCUCAUGACCCAUGCGAAUGGGAACUGUAGAUUGGCGGAAGGGGCAGGACCACUUAAGAUCAAUACGACGGUGAAGGAAUCGGAGAAGUGGUUCUGA